CGAACACUUGUAACUGAAACAGUGACAGGCUCACAACAUAAUGUCGUUAUAGUUUUGUAAUGUCAGUCCUAGUUAUGUUAUUUUGUGUCAGUAAUUAGUGAAAUUAGUUUAAUAAAUUAUAAUGGCCACCGUGGAGGAAGUGGGUAUUCGGGAUUUUGUCCUUUUGGACGAAAUUUCGAUGGAAAAAUUCAUGCAAAAUCUUCGCAACAGAUUUCAAGCUGGACUUAUUUAUACCUAUAUUGGCGAGGUGUGCAUAUCUGUUAAUCCUUACCGACAGUUGAACAUAUAUGGGCAGGAAAAUAUCACAAAAUACAAAGGUCGAGAGAUGUUCGAGAACCCUCCCCACGUGUAUGCCAUAGCCGACUCGGCCCACAGAGCCAUGAAACAAAAGGGCAGCGACACGUGUAUUGUCAUCAGUGGAGAGUCAGGCAGUGGCAAAACUGAGACCUCGAAAAUCAUCAUGAAAUACAUCGCUGCUGUUACUAAUAUCGGACAAAGACAGGAGAUUGAGAGGGUGAAAGACAUCCUUCUACAGUCGAACGCCAUUUUGGAAUCGUUUGGAAAUGCCAAAACUAACCGGAAUGAUAAUUCGUCGAGAUUCGGAAAAUACAUGGACAUUGAUUUCGAUUUCAAAGGGGAUCCUAUCGGCGGACAUAUUAAUAACUAUUUAUUGGAGAAGUCCAGGGUUAUUCUACAACAUCCUGGGGAGAGGAAUUUCCAUGUGUUUUAUCAGGUACUAGCCGCCUCGAAAAUGAACCUAAAGAACGAUGGUUUUGACCAGCUGGGUUUGGAGCUGAGCAGUGACCCACAGAGCUAUCACUACCUGAAACAAGACGACAAAAUGGUGGCUGGUGUGGUGGAGGGGGAUAGAGUCAACUACAGAACCACAAUGGCUGCGUUUAGAACUCUGGGAUUCUCCAAUGAAAUGAAGAACGCUCUGAUUAAAAUCGUAGCUGCCGUAUUGCAUUUGGGCAACGUAGCUUUCACCUCCAACGACGACAAGAUCGAAAUAGCCGGCGCAAGUGAGAAACAACUGAAUCUAGUUGCCAGACUGUUGGAAGUGGACAGCAAUGCUGUUGUAACAGCUCUCACUGAACGUGUGAUAGCCGUCAAAGGGGAGGUCAUGCAGAAAACACACACUCUCAUGCAAGCUGAGUAUGGCAGGGAUGCAUUGGCUAAGGCAAUUUAUGACCGUAUGUUUACAUGGAUCGUGAGCAAAAUCAAUGAUAUAAUUGACGUCAGAGAUACGAGGAGUCGGAGAACGGUUAUAGGAGUUCUGGACAUUUAUGGUUUUGAAGUUUUUGAUGCCAACAGCUUUGAACAGUUGUGUAUCAACUAUUGUAACGAGAAACUGCAACAAUUGUUCAUUGAACUGGUGCUAAAACAAGAACAGGAGGAGUACAAACGGGAAGGAAUCGCCUGGCAAAAUGUGGAAUUUUUCAACAACCAAAUUAUUUGUGAGUUGGUGGAGAAACCGCAUCAAGGAGUAUUCGCCAUUUUGGACGACGCUUGUCUCAAUGUGGGAAAAGUCACUGAUGAGCUCCUUUUGGAAGCAAUGGACAAGGAACUGGCUAAUCAUGACCACUACACAAGUAGACAGAUCAAACCUUUGGACAAGACUCUAAAGCAUAAAACACAAUUUCGUAUCAGACACUAUGCAGGUGAUGUUAUCUAUGAUAUAAAAGGGUUCUUAGACAAGAAUAGAGAUACUCUGUUCCAAGAUUUCAAACGUUUGUUAUUUAAUUCGAGGAAUGAUGUGAUAAGACUCAUGUGGCCUGAAGGUGCUCAGGAUAUAACCAAGACAACCAAACGUCCUCAAACCGCCGGUACCUUGUUCAAAAACUCUAUGAUAGCCCUGGUGAAGACUUUGGCCAGCAAGGAGCCAUUCUACGUUCGAUGUAUCAAGCCCAACGAGGAGAAGUCGCCGUGUCUGAUGGAGGAUGAAAGGGUGGAGCACCAGGUCAGGUAUCUGGGACUUCUAGAGAAUAUCAGAGUCAGGAGGGCUGGGUUUGCCCAUAGACAGCGCUACGACCGCUUUCUCAAACGAUACAAAAUGAUAUCACAAUUCACAUGGCCCAACUUCCGUAACGGGUCCGACGAGGAUGCAGUGAGACAUCUGAUCGAGGAGAAAGGAUACAGUGGAGACGUGAAGUACGGUCACACAAAGAUAUUCAUUAGAAGCCCCAACACCCUGUUCACCCUGGAAGCCAUGAGAGCAGAGCUGAUAGAUGGCAUUGUAAUAUUGCUGCAAAAGCAGAUGCGAGGUCUGCUAUGCAGGCUCAAAUACAGGAAAAUGAAGGCGGCCCUGGCGAUUAUGAAUCACUAUAGACGCUACAAGAUUAGGUCGUAUGUCACCAAACUCAGUCACACGUUUAGGCCAGCUAAGAAGAUGCGUGACUACGGCAAGAGCCUGGCAUGGCCGCCAUCUUCGAUCGCCACUCGCAGACAUGAGCCCAUGCUGAGGGCCAUCUGCGACCGAUGGAGGGCCACCAUGAUCCUCAGGCCCUACCCGAGGUCAGAAUGGCCCCAGCUCAGGAUGAAGCUGGCGGCAGCAGUAGCCCUGCGCAACAAACGCCACAGCUGGGGACACAGCCGGCAGUGGAUGGGCGACUACCUGGCCCUGCAACCGGAGAACCCCGCCUAUCACAUCUACAACGCAUCGGUGGCCCACCUCAAGGCCACGCACCACUUCAACCGAGUCAUGUUCUCCUGCUUUGUCACUAAGACCAACAAGUUCAACAAAUGUGCAAUGAGGGCGCUGUUGGUCACUGAUUACGAGAUCUACAAAAUGGAUGUCCAGAAGUUCAAGCCAAUGAAGAGAGGCAUGCCUAUACAGGAGGUGACAGGCCUGAGUGUAAGUCCAGGACAGGAUCAGCUGAUGGUGAUUCACUCGAACAAGGGCAAUGACCUCGUGGUGACCUUGAAAACAGAUGACGACAGAGUGGGCGAGUUGGUGGGGGCGCUGUGCUCCAGAUAUUCACAAUUACGAGCGCAAGACCUGACUGUAACAGUGGCCAACAAGUUCCAAUGCAUGUUGGGUAAUAAGAGUCGACAUCUUAGAGUCGAAGUCUCGUCGGAAACCGAGCUGGCUGGAUUCAGGAAAGAUGCCAAAAAUGACAUUGUAUAUAUGUUACCUCCCCGGUUUGCAAUAGUACAGGCAACCACACUACAUCAUCCAAUCACAGCUUGAAACAUCAAAUAAAUUAUGGUAAGAAUGAUAAAUAAUCAUGGUAGACCUCGAUAAUGAAUCAAUAAAUAAAAAUAUCGAUAUUAUUUUAAAAUAUCGAUAUUUUCUUAUCGAUAUAUUUUAAAAUAUCGUUAUUUUCUAAUCGAUAUGUUCUAAAAUAUCGAUAUUUUCUAAUCGAUAUAUUUCCAAAUAUCGAUAAUGAACACCUAUGAUAAAAAUAUCGAUAUUUGAAAAAAUAAUAUUGAUAUAGGGUAAUGAAAAUAUCUAUUUUUAUUAUUGAUUUUGGGAAUUCUAUACUGAAAAUGAUGAAUUAAUCGAAUUGAUUUUCAUCAUCCUAUCACAGAUUCUAUCAUGAACUUGAAACGAAAUAAUUUAACCAAUAUAAAUACAGUUUACACUCUUAUUCUUUACUUUGACCGAAUGAAUUGGUUUAUUCACAUCCAAUAUAGAGAGGCUCAACAGGUAGAAGUUAGGGAAGAAGAAGAUGUAGAUGAAGAAGAAGGAGGAGAAGAAGAAGAAGAAGAAGAAGAGGAAGAAGAAGAGGACAGGAGAAGA